GGGUUAUUCCUUUGUAAAAACAGUACUGUAUCGACAUUAUCGCUUUAUGUGUCCCUGGUAUCGGCACAAUCGAUAUUUGGAUCGACCCCCCGGAAACAGACGAUGCUAUACAAACGGUUCAUACUAGCGAGUCAACAAUGAAGGAUAAAUAAUAAAUUUCAAGUUAUACUAGCUGAACGGUGAAGGUUCUGUGGUACUUAAAACACGUUUUAAUGAACGAUGUGGUUUAGACACGCUAGCUCGCAAAGCCUCCGAAUAGCGUGCUAACGUUAGCCGCCUUGCUAGCAUUGACACCCUCGGUCAAAGCAGGAUUCAACAUUAAAGUGAGCACAAUGGAGGAGAUAAAGACAGAACCUGUGGAUUUUGUGAGGGAAUUCCAAGAAUACUUGACCCAGCAGACCCAACAUGUCAACAUGAUCUCUGGUUCUAUUUGUGAGGAGAAGGAGCCAGUGGCUCCAAGGAGUGAGCAAAAUGGUCUGGAUCCUCCAUCCGUGGAGGUGAGCCUGCCUCUGGAAGAGGGGUUAGAUGUGCAAAUGGACGGCCUGGAGAGGACCUGUGAUGGAAAAUACAAAUGCAGCUUCUGCAGUUAUGCCAACAAAGGCAUGGCUCGUUUAAUUGAGCACAUCCGCAUCCAUACAGGAGAAAAGCCUCACCGCUGCCAGCUGUGCCCGUUCGCCUCCGCAUACGAACGCCACUUGGAAGCUCACAUGCGCUCGCACACCGGCGAGAAGCCGUACAAGUGCGACCUGUGUGCCUUCCGCUGCAGCGACCGCAGCAACCUGUCGCACCACCGCCGCCGGCGCCACAAGCUGGUACCCACACGCGUGGCGCGCCCGUCUUUUGCCAGCAAGCGAGGCCUGGCCACACUGCAGAAGAGGACCGGCUCGCUGGGCUUCGGUCGCCGCCUGCUCAUCAACUUCAGCCCGCCGCCAGUGGCCGCGCCCAAGUUGGACUACGUCAAUGAGAUGCCUCACAAGCACCACCAUCAUGUGACCGCCAGCGAGCACAGGAACCUGACCAAGGGGGUCCAGAAUGACUUCAACAGAGGAGCAAACAGUUUGACGUUCAACAACCCGCUAGAGCAGCUGGCGUCACUCCAAUCAGCCAACCUCGAGGCCUCUCACGCGUCGCCAAGCAGGGACGAGAAACCCAUCGUGAUACAGGAGGUGACGGGCGCACGGGCCGCACUGUGCCUCAACGGCGUCCAGGCGUUAACGCCCAAAACGGAAUACCCCGCCUCAGAUCACAGGAGCCCCGGCGUAUCCGCGCUCAGUUUGGACACACAUGACGCUACGUUGUGUGUCAGCAACAGCCGGCCCGGCACACCGCUUUCCGCCAUGCCGGAGCACGAAGAUCCACAGAGGUGCCCGCACUGCGACAUCCAUUUCCCCGACAACAUCCUGUACACCAUCCACAUGGGCUGCCACCUCUAUGAACAUCCUUUUCGCUGCAACGUCUGCGGGCACACGUGCACGGACAAAUACGACUUUGCGUGCCAUUUUGCUCAAGGACAACACAAGAAGUAACCUAGCAGGAAACUUUAGUACACGUUUGAAAUACAUUUAUUCAAUAUUUUCUUGCUUUGUCUCAGAUAUUUCUCAAACGGACCUGCUGUAUAAAUAAACACUUUAGAGGAAAAGCAAGUUUACGUACAUGUACUGUUGUUUCCAGACAAAGCCAAGUGCUAUCAAUAUAAUAGUUUCUCUUUUUCAUUUGAGUUUAUGUAAACCUCUGACCGACUCCGCAAAUUUGGACUUUUCCCCAGAAAAUUGUGAUAUUUCUUUGUGGGGAACUACUUUUUACACAGGCAGCUACACAUGCAACACUUUAAUCACAAAUGAACAGUAUUUUACAACAAAUAAUAAUGUUCUUAUUUUGUUUUUAUAACAUACUACAUGAUAUCUUAAAUGAUAACGUCAUACUAGGGAUGCUCCACUCGGGGCUUUAUGCUGCUUAUAGAUUCUGGUCAUCUAUAAGAGAAGUCAGUCGAUAUUGAUCACAGGGAUUAACUGUGAAUGCCAGGUAAAAAAAAAAAGGUAAUUUUAAUUAUUAAAAAAAUGAAACUUCAUACUUCAGAGCAAUAAACAACUUCAUGCUCGGGCUCCUUUCUGAUUGGUUACAAAACUUGCGAUUGAAAAACCUCCAACAAGGUUCUAUGGUUUUAUAUCCAUGCUACGACUAUGUAGUAAUAGAUACAUUCACAAUACAUGUAAUACAGUAUUUUGCUUAUUUUGGCUCGUUCUAAGCAUUACUUCCUUCCUGGGUGCAGUAUGUUCAUGAGCGGAAAAUAUUUUAAUAACUACUUUAUUGCUAGUGGAGACACAAACUAGAUCAUGUACACAUAAACAAUCUUUAAUACAAUAAAUGUCAUUGUCAUCACAUUUGUCGCGUACAUUUUGUCGCCAUUGAUUCAUUCAUUUUCUACCGCUUAUCCUCACGAGGGUCGCGGGGGUGCUGGAGCCUAUCACAGCUGACUUUGGGCUAGAGGCGAGGUACACCUUGGACUGGUGGCCAGCCAAUCACGGCACAUAUAGACAAACUGACAUUCAUAACUA